CACGCUCUUAGAGAAGAAGUUGGGAGAAGGGGGACAACUUUUACUGCUCGUUAUCAAAAAGGUAUUGAAACAAUAACACCAUUUUAUCUCUGCACCAAUAUCCGAGGUCAUUGAGACAUUUGGAGGUGAGUUUUAAUACUUUGGCAGUGUGCUCUCUGUGUCAGUAACAGAGAGUUUGUUAAUAUGGGACUAUAUCUUUUCCCACAGUUUGAUCAUUUAAGGACAAGGUUAAACGUGUAUUCAUUGUUACUGUUGGUAUAUUUUGGUAAAUUGAGUGUCCAUUGUUGAAUUAGCUCCUUUAUAAAUCAGCUUUUUAGGAAUAUUCUGUAUUCUCCACCCUUUCUAUCUUGCCAAACUUCUCUCAUCUCAUCUAGUCAUCUGAUGUAGUUUGGUUACACUUGUGACUUGUGAAAUUAGACCCAGUGGUUUCAUACCACUCAAAAUCAUCACUGCAAUCACUGUCUGUGCCUUCAACCCUCUGUCCUGUGGCACGCAGGCCUCAAUAGCCUCUUCUCAUUAGCCCUCACAUACAGGUCUGUCUUUCUCUCUGUUCAUAAUAGAAUAGUUCAAACACAAGAGGUAGAGCGUUGGGCCAGUAACCGAAAGGUCGCUGGUUCAAAUACCCGAGCCGACAAGGUGGAAAAUCUGUUGAUGUGCCCUUGAGCAAGGCACUUAACUCUAAUUUGCUGCAGGGGUGCCAUACUACUAUGGCUGACCCUGUAAAACUACACAUUUCACUGCACCUAUCCCGUGUAUGUGACAAUAAAAUAUAUACAAUACCAGUCCAAAGUUUGGACACACCUACUCAAUCCAGGGUUUUUCUUUAUUUUUACUAUUUUCUACAUUGUAGAAUAAUACUGAAGACAGAAAAACUAUGAAAUAAUACAUAUGGAAUCAUGUAGUAACCAAAAAAGUGUUAAACAAAUCAAAAUAUAUUUUUAUUUGAGAUUCUUCAAAGUAGCCACCCUUUGCCUUGAUGACAGCUUUGCACACUCUUGGCAUUCUCUUAAACAGCUUCAUGAGGUAGUCACCUGGAAUGCAUUUCAAUUAACAGGUGUGCCUUGUUAAAAAUUAAUUCGUGGAAUUUAUUUCCUUCUUAAUGUGUUUGAGCCAAUCAGUUGUGUUGUGACAAGGUAGGGGUGGUAUACAGAAGAUAGCCCUAUUUGGUAAAAGACCAAGUCCAUAUUAUGUCAAGAACAGCUCAAAUAAGCAAAGAGAAAAGACAGUCCAUCACUAUUUUAAGACAUGAAGGUCAGUCAAUCCGGAAAAUGUCAAGAACUUUGAAAGUUUCUUCAAGUGCAGUCGCAAAAACCAUCAAGCGCUAUGAUGAAACUGGCUCUCAUGAGGACCGCCACAGGAAAGGAAGACCCAGAGUUACCUCUGCUGCAGAGGAUAAGUUCAUUAGAGUUACUAGCCUCAGAAAUCGGCAAUUAACUGCACCUCAGAUUGCAGCCCAAAUAAAUGCUUCACAGAGUUAAAGUAACAGACACAAUUCAACAUCAACUGUUCAGAGGAGACUGUGUGAAUCAGGCCUUCAUGGUCGAAUUGCUACAAGUAAACCACUACUAAAGGACACCAAUAAGAAGAAGAGACUUGCUUGGGCCAAGAAACACAAGCAAUGGACAUUAGACCGGUGGAAAUCUGUCCUUUGGUCUGGACUCCAAAUUUGAGAUUUUUGGUUCCGACCGCCGUGUCUUUGUGAGAUGCAGAGUAGGUGAACUGAUGAACUGAUGAUCUCCGCAUGUGUGGUUCCCACCGUGAAGAAUGGAGGAGGAGGUGUAAUGGUGUGGGGGUGCUUUGUUGGUGACACUGUCAGUGAUUUAUUUAGAAUUCAAGGCACACUUAACCAGCAUGGCUACCACUGCAUUCUGCAGCGAUACGCCAUUCUAUCUGGUUUGGGCUUAGUGGGACUAUCAUUUGUUUUUCAACAGGACAAUGACCCAACACACCUCCAGGCUGUGUAAGGGCUAUUUGACCAAGAAGGAGAGUGGUGGAGUGCUGCAUCAGAUGACCUGGCCUCCACAAUCCCCCGACCUCAACCCAAUUGAGAUGGUUUGAGAUGAGUUGGACUGCAGAGUGAAGGAAAAGCAGCCAACAAGUGCUCAGCAUAUGUGGGAAACUCCUUCAAGACUGUUGGAAAAGCAUUCCUCAUGAAGCUGGUUGAGAGAAUGCCAACACAACUGAUUGGCUCAAACACAUUAAGAAGGAAAUAAAUUCCACGAAUUAAUUUUUAACAAGGCACACCUGUUAAUUGAAAUGCAUUCCAGGUGACAACCUCAUGAAGCUGUUUGAGAGAAUGCCAAGAGUGUGCAUAGCUGUCAUCAAGGCAAAGGUUGGCUACUUUGAAGAAUCUCAAAUAAAAAUAUAUUUUGAUUUGUUUAACACUUUUUUGGUUACUACAUGAUUCCAUAUGUGUUAUUUCAUAGCUCUGAUGUCUUCACUAUUAUUCUACAAUGUAGAAAAUAGUAAAAAUAAAGAAAACCCCUUGAAUGAGUAGGUGUCCAAACUUUUGACUGGUACUGUAUAUAUAUAUUUUUUAUGCGGACCUGACCGGAUAGCUUGACCAGAGAAGUUCUAUCGAGCAUCAGAAUAGAUCAUCAACACUUCAGAGAUGGACACAGGAACUGAACCUAUGGGCACCGGAGGUCAUCAUGGGUCAGGUGAUCCAGUUGGACCGGCGCUGCUCUGGCUCCGGGACACAGUUACCACGGUAACGCUGCAGGCGCGUCAGAGGGUGUUACAGGGAGCGUUGUUACUGUGUGCUCUGGGACUGUUACUAUGGACCGCCAUCUUCCUCUACGGGAGCUUCUACUACUCCUACAUGCCCCUAGCCACCUACAGUACUCCUGUCCACUACUACUACAGGUGUGCUUUACACUCAUGCUUCCUCACACAUACACACACACUGUCUCUCUCUAUCUCUCUCUCUCUCUCUCUCUCUCUCUCUCUCUCUCUCUCUCUCUCUCUCUCUCUCUCUCUCUCUCUCUCUCUCUCUCUCUCUCUCUCUCUCUGUCUCUGUCUCUUUCUCCACACCUCAAGUACAUGCAUAAUUUUGCAAUAAUUGGAAUUCAUUACAUUUUUGACUCCCUUUCCUUUUGCAGGACGGACUGUGACUCCUCAGCUUCCCUUCUCUGCUCCUUCCCCACCGCCAACGUCUCUCUCCUGAGGAAUGGCAAGAACCAGGUGAUCCUUUAUACACUGUUUAUCCAUCCACCUUUAUUAGCCUAUGUAACGUAUAGAAAAGUUUUGCCAAUGCACAGAAUGAAUUGGGAGGUUUUCACUAUGACGUUUGAACUCAUUUGAACCCUCCCUCUGAAGGCGAUGACAUACGGCCAGCCCUAUCGGAUCUCUCUGGAGCUGGAGAUGCCCGAGUCUCCAGCCAAUCAGGAGUUAGGAAUGUUCAUGGUCAAGAUGUUCUGUUACUCCAGACAGGGGCAGACUGUGACCUCUUCAGCACGAUCUGUGAGUUGACCAGUGUUGAGAAUAUCAAGUAUUGUGUUGGGCUUGUUAAUGUGCAUCCCACAGUUGCAUAUUAACCCAUCCUUAUUUGCACUUUUUAACAUUCAUCUGUUUUGAUCUGUAUUUGUGGUGUAUUUUGAGUGAGCUUGAGUGCAUGUUCGAUUUUUUUUAUACUGCUGCAACCAAAUUGCCCAGCAAUGGGGAACAAUCAAUAUCUUCUGAAUUUAAAUACUCUGAUUGUCCUGUGUUGGUAAAUUGACCACACUGUUGGUCUGCCUCGCUGUCUCAGGUAAGGCAGCUCAGCUCCAGCUCUCGCUUUGUGAGUACGCCGCUGCCGCACACUGACCUCCCACGCAGCUGUCAUACCGCAUGCUAUGACUGCUUAUGCCAUGUCUUAAAUAGUUAAACAUAACUAUAGAACUUCUUAUGACAUCUCUUAUAUAGUUAAACAUAUCUAUAGAACUGCUUAUGACAUAUCUUAUAUAGUUAAACAUAACUAUAGAACUGCUUAUGACAUCUCUUAUGUAGUGGUUUUUACAGUGUAAUAAGCUUUAUGACAGAGGUACAGUAUGUCAGAGGAAUGUGGCAAUGGACAAUAAAGUGAAAUAUGCAUGAGAAACUGUAUACAUUGGCCAUUGGUGUCCUGCUCCUUUUCCUGUUCCUAUUAGACGAUGCUGCGGUAUCGUUCCAGCCUGCUCCAGACUCUGGGAACACUGUUUCUCAUCCCGUUCUUCCUGGCCGGAACGGCGGACCAGAGACAGCUGGUAGAGGUGGAGCUCUUCUCCGAAUACAGAGAGGAUUCUGUGAGUCUCUGGCCGCCCAGUGUGUGUGUGUGUGUGUGUCUGUGUGUCUGUGUCUGUGUGUGUGUGUACAGGGCUAAUCCCUCUCUCUGUAGUAUGCCCCCUCUAUAGGAGCCAUCAUUGAGAUCCAGUCUCAGAGGGUGCAGAUCUACUCAGCACAGCUCUACAUUCACGCUCACUUCACUGGCAUAAGGUUAGCUUUACCUCAUAUUAAAUCAUGAAGAAGUAUGAAAUAUUUUGAUUUACUUAAAAAAGUAACACAUUUACUUGAAGAACUAAAAUGAACUAACCCGCCCCCCUCUCCAGUGGUGAAAAAAGUACCCAAUGUCAUACUUGAGUAAAAGUAAAGAUACCUUAAUAGAAAAUGACUUAAGUAAAAGUGAAAGUCACCCAGUGAAAUACUACUUGAGUAUUUGGUUUUAAAACUUAAGUAUCAAAAUGAAAUGUAAUUGCAAAAAUAUACUUAAGUAUCAAAAGUAAAACUAUAAAUCAUUUCAAAUUGCUUAUAUUAAGCAAACCAGGCGGCACAGUUUUCUUUUUUAUGGAUAGCCAGGGGCACACUCCAACACUCAGACAUUAUUUACAAACGAAGCAUUUGUGUUUAGUGAGUCCGCCAGAUCAGAGGCAGUAGGGUAGACCAGGGAUGUUCUCUUGAUAAGUGCGUGAAUUGGACCAUUUUCCUGUCCUGCUAAGUAAGCAUUCAAAAGGUAACGAUUACUUUUGGGUGUCAGGGGAAAUGUAUGGAGUAAAAAGUACAUUAUUUUCUUUAGGAAUGUAGUGAAGUAAAAGUAAAAGUAGUCAAAAAUAUAGAUAGCAAAGUAAAGUCCAGAUACCCCAAAAAAGUACUUAAGUAGUUGUCACGACUUCUGCCAAGGCUGCCUCCCCUCCUUGUUUGGGCAGGUUUCACUCCAUUUGUCUUGUCUUCAAUCACACACACCUGGUCCUUAUUCCCUCAUUAGUCAUUGUAUAAGUGUUCCCUCUGCUUCCUUGUCUGUGUGGGUGAUUGUUUAUUGUGGAGGUUAGUGAAGCUCGGUAGAGCUCUGGUAUUUUGCAUUGACGGGAGUAUUUCCUGUGUGCCUUGUACUUUCCAGUGCGCCUGUUUUGUGCCCUGGAGUGUGUUUGACGCAUUUCUGCGUAAACCUGUAUUUAGCGGAUUAAAGCCUGUUAUUCUGUGAUUUACCCUCCUGCGCCUGACUCCUUCAACACCACCUCAUCACAGAAUCACCCACCCGCUAUGGAGUGGAACGGGUCCAGGAGCAUUCAACUAUGCUAGCCAGCUUGGGUGAAGCGAUAGAUCGGGUUCUUCAGGUCGUCCAACGCCUGGAGAGGAGAGAGCCCGAUCCCUCGAGACCAGCUGGCCAACCGGAUCCCGCCACCUACACCCCAGCACCCGGAGGGAUCCAGAUAUCCCGAACACGGAAGUUCGACGGGACAGCGGCGCUGUGCCAAGGAUUCCUUCUCCAACUGGAGCUCUACUUCUGCAGCUUCCGGCCGGUCCCAUCGGAGCGGGAGAAGGUGUCCGCCCUCGUCUCCUGCCUCUCGGGGAAAGCCCUGGAGUGGGCCAACGCGGUGUGGAACGAAGGAGGAGCCGCGUUGGAGAACUACAGGGAGUUUGCUCGCCUCUUCAGGGCGGUCUUCGAUCACCCGCCCGAGGGUCGAGAGGCGGGCAAGCGGCUGGUCCACCUGAGGCAGGGGACGAGGACUGCGCAGGACUUCGCAUUGGAGUUUCGAACUCUGGCAGCUGGGUCCGGGUGGAACGAGCGGGCCCUGAUCGACCAUUUCCGGUGCCAUCUGCGAGAGGAUGUCCGACGGGAGCUAGCCUGCCGUGACACCAUGUUGUCCUUCUCGCAACUGGUGGACAUGGCCAUUCGUUUGGACAACCUGCUGGCAACCAGAGGACGUCCUGGAGGAGGUCUACCCGUUUCCAUCCCGGCCGACUCGGAUCCAGAACUGAUGGAGAUGGGUGGAACCGCUAGCCGAGAGAGCGGAGGACGACAGCGCCAGUGCCACACUGGUGGCGCGAAGGGACAUUUCACCACACGUUUUCGUCAACGCUUUUCUGGGUUUAGAGGCGGCAGGCAGGGCACUCUCGCAGGUAUCGAACACCCACACUCGUUCAGAGCCCUCUGCUGCGUACUGUAAAAUACACAUCUCCUUUCCUGAGCACAUGGUAGUUCCCCAGUGUAAGGCGCUAGUCGAUUCAGGCGCAGCUGGGAACUUUAUGGACAGGGCAUUCGCACACCGUAUAGGCAUUCCAUUGAUUCCCCUAUCCAUUCCACGCCCCAUCAGAGCACUUGAUAGUCGACCAUUAUGGUCCGGGUUGGUUAAGGAAGUUACUGCACCAGUCACCAUGAUUACCCAGGAGACUCAUUGUGAGCGGGUUACUUUUACCAUUAUUGAGUCUCCUGCUUUCCCUGUGGUAUUAGGUCUCCCUUGGCUAGCACUCCACAACCCCACCUUCUCAUGGCCGCAGAGGGUUCUCACGGGGUGGUCGCGAGAAUGUCAGGGUAGGUGUCUAGGUGUUUUUCCGUUGGUGCAACCACGGUGGAAAGUCCAGACAGUACCUCCACCGUGCGCAUUCCCCCUGAAUACCUCGAUCCGGCGCAAACGUUCUCUAAAACGCAGGCGACUAAAUUACCACCUCAUCGGGCGGGGGAUUGCGCGAUAAACCUCUGGGUAGACGCUGUACCUCCCAGGAGUCAUAUAUACCCCCGUCACAGGCUGAAACGGUGGCUAUGGAAACAUAUCCCUGCGCCAGGGGUAUAUACGUCCCUCCAAUUCACCCGCCUCCUCGAGUUUCUUCUUUGUGAAGAAGAAGGACGGAGGUCUGCGCCCGUGCAUUGAUUAUCGACCACUGAACAGGGAGACGAUAAGAUUUAGUUAUCCUCUCCCCCUCAUUCCUUCAGUGAUUGAAUCAAUGCAUGGGGCGCACUUCUUCACCAAAUUAGAUCUCAGGAGUGCGUACAACCUGGUGCGUAUCUGAGAGGGAGAUGAGUGGAAGACAGCAUUCAGCACAACCACGGGGCAUUAUGAAUACCUGGUGAUGCCCUAUGGUUUGAUGAAUGCUCCCUCAGUUUUCCAGUCCUUUGUGAACGAGGUGUUUCGGGACAUGCUUGGUCGCGGUGUAGUGGUCUACAUCGAUGACAUUCUGGUGUAUUCCACUACGCGCGCCGAGCAUGUGUCCCUGGUUCGCAAGGUGCUGGUCCGACUGUUGGAAAAUGGCCUUUAUGCUAAGGCAGAGAAGUGUAUGUUUUUCCAGCAGUCUGUCUCCUUCCUUGGAUACUGCAUUUCCACCUCAGGUGUGGAGAUGGAGGGAGAUCGCAUUUCAGCCGUGCGUAAUUGGCCGACUCCAACCACGGUUAAGGAGGUGCAGCGAUUCCUUGGCUUUGCCAACUACUAUCAGAGGUUUAUCCGGGGCUUUGGCAAGGUCGCAGCUCCCAUUACCUCCCUGUUGAAGGGUGGGCCGUCCCGGCUCCGCUGGUCUGCUGAGGCUGACCUGGCCUAUAGCAAACUGUGGGGUCUGUUCACCUCAGCCCCAGUACUGGCCCACCCAUAUUCAUCACUACCGUUCGUAGUGGAGGUGGAUGCGUCCGAGGUUGGGAUAGGAGCUGUCCUGUCUCAACGCUCGGGUACACCACCCGAGCUCCGCCCCUGUGCGUUCUUCUCGAAAAAGCUCAGCCCGGCGGAGCAGAACUACGGCGUUGGUGAUCGGGAGCUGUUGGCUGUUGUCCGAGCCUUGACCGUGUGUAGGCAUUGGCUUGAGGGGGCAAAACAGCCUUUCCUCGUCUGGACGGACCACCGUAACCUGGAGUACAUCCGGGCAGCGAGGAGGCUGAAUCCUCACCAGGCCAGGUGGGCCCUAUUCUUCACCCGGUUUGACUUCACUCUAUCAUACAUCCCGGGUACGAAGAACGUGAAGGCAGACGCACUGUCCCGGCUGUAUGACACAGAGAAGAGGCCCAGCGACAACACCCCCAUACUGCCGGCCUCCUGCAAUGUGGCGCCGGUAGUAUGGGCGAUGGACGCGGAUAUAGAGCAGGCAUUACGCACGGAUCCCUCUCCACCUCAGUGUCCAGAUGGGCUACAGUACGUGCCUGCUCUUAUCCGUGAUCGUCUGAUCUACUGGGCACACACGUCACCCUCCUCUGGUCACCCAGGUAUCGGCCGUACAGUGCGCUGCCUGACCGGAAAAUACUGGUGGCCUACCUUGGCUAAGGACGUGAGGGUGUAUAUCUCCUUCUGCUCAGUGUGCGCCCAGAGUAAGGCACCUAGGCACCUCCCAGCUGGUAAGUUACAACCUUUACCAGUUCCACAACGACCAUGGUCUCACCUAAGUGUUGAUUUUCUAACUGAUCUUCCCCUCUCCCAAGAUAACACCAACAUCCUGGUCGUUGUGGACCGCUUUUCUAAAGCCUGCCGCCUCCUUGCUCUGCCCGGUCUCCCCACGGCUCUGCAAACUGCAGAGGCCCUGUUUACACACGUCUUCCGGCACUACGGGGUACCAGAGGAUAUAGUGUCUGACCGAGGUCCCCAGUUCACGUCCAAGGUCUGGAAGGCAUUCAUGGAACGUCUGGUGGUCUCGGUCAGCCUGACCUCUGGGUUCCACCCCGAGAGUAAUGGGCAGGUGGAACAGGUAAAUCAGGACGUGGGUAGGUUCCUGCGGUCCUACUGCCAGGACCGGCCGGGGGAGUGGUCAGUGUUCUUGCCAUGGGCAGAAUAUGCCCAGAACUCUCUCCGCCACUCCUCCACUAACCUAACGCCUUUCCAGUGUGUUCUAGGUUACCAACCGGUUCUGGCACCAUGGCACCAGAGCCAGACUUUUUUCGGCGAGCAGAGGAGACGUGGGAUGCUGCCCACGUUCACCUCCAACGCGCCGUGCAUCGUCAGAAGGCCAACGCUGACUGCCACCGCAGUGAGGCCCCCGUCUUUGUACCGGGGGAUCGGGUCUGGCUCUCGACCCGGAAUCUGCCCCUCCGCCUGCCCUGCCGGAAGCUGAACCUGCGGUUUGUGGGGCCGUUCAAAGUCCUGAGGAGAGUCAACGAGGUCACUUAUAGGUUAUUACUUCCCCCUGAUUACCGUAUUAACCCCUUGUUUCAUGUGUCUCUCCUCAGGCCGGUGGUAGCUGGUCCGCUCCAGGAGUCUGAGGUGCGGGAGGUCCCUCCACCUCCUCUGGACAUCGAGGGGGCCCCGGCGUACUCUGUCCGUUCCAUCCUGGAUUUGAGGCGUCGGGUGGGGGGCCUUCAGUACCUCAUGGAGUGGGAGGGGUUUGGUCCGGAGGAACGGUGCUGGGUCCCGGUGAGGGAUAUCCUCGAUCCCUCCAUGUUACGGGAUUUCCACCGUCGCCAUCCGGCUCGCCCUGCUCCGCGUCCUCCUGGCCGCCCCCGAGGCCAGGGUCGGCACGCUGCUGGAGCCGCGCGUCAAGGUGGGGGGGGUACUGUCACGACUUCCGCAGAAGCUGCCUCCCCUCCUUGUUCGGGCAGGUUUCGUCGUUCGGCGUCACCGGCUUACUAGCUACUGCCGAUCCAUUUAUCAUCACUCCAUUUGUCUUGUCUUCAAUCACACCACACCUGGUCCUUAUUCCCUCAUUAGUCAUUGUAUAAGUGUUCCCUCUGCUUCCUUGUCUGUGUGGGUGAUUGUUUAUUGUGGAGGUUAGUGAAGCUUGGUGGAGCUCGGGUAUUUUAUAUCGACAGGAGUAUUUCCUGUGUGCCUUGUAUUUUACAGUACGCCUGUUUUGUGCCCUGGAGUGUGUUUGACGCAUUUCUGCGUAAACCUGUAUUUUGCGGAUUAAAGCCUGUUAUUCUGUGAUUUACCCUCCUGCGCCUGACUCCUUCAACACCACCUCAUCACAAUAGUACUUUAAAGUAUUUUUACUUAAGUACUUUAUACCACUGCUCCUCUCUCUCCUCAUCAGGUACUUCCUGUACAACUUCCCGACACUGUCAGCAGUAAUGGGUGUGGCCAGUAACUUCUCCUUCCUCAGUGUCCUCCUCCUCUUCAGUUACCUGAGGCUCAUCUGGGGCAGAUUUAUCAACCCUCAAAAGGUGAGAGUGGAAUGGCCCCUAGAACAGGAGACCAUGGUAUGAUUCACAUAGUGAGACAGUGUAGUGAAUAUUUUUAAAACCUGUGUAAACUGUUCUCGUACAUGUCGAAAACAUUUAUUCAGAGACAGUAGUCGCGGUACAUUCUAGUAUAUUCUGCGUGUGUUCGUGGGCGUGUGUGUGUUUGGGCGUGUGUGUGUAUGAGGUGAGAGAUAGGAUUCAUCUUCAUCAGAGGCUAGCUGGGAUGGACAAGAGUGAGGACACAGAACACCUGCAAGAUGACCAGGUUGACACUACAGGUAAGUACACACUUGUACACACACCUGUGUGAGAUGUAUCAUGUGUUGUGUGUUUCCUGUAUCAUGAUGUUGUGUUUGGGUGUGUGCUUUUCACUCAGGAAUCGAGAAUUAUUCAUCGGAUGCACUACUGGAGGCACAUCAGAUUACAGCAACCCAUCUGAGCCAGGAGGAAGAGUCCAUUCUCAAAGCAGGAGGGGGGGAGAUGGACAUCAGACAUGGAAGGUUUCAGAGUGAGAUAGACGAAGAAGAGAUCGUUGCUGAGGAAGGGGUGGAGAAUAUGGGCAUGUCUCUUGACCUAGAGUUGGAAGGGUCAUCUGAGACAGCAAAGCAGCCAGACAGCAUCCACAGCACACUGACUGGAACCUCAACCUGUGUGAUAUCCUGAUGGAGAGCUCCAAUGGAUGCACAGUCGCUUAAUGACCAAUAGGUGGGGGCCAAAGUAUUAUCUUUAGAGGGGGCCCUCUUGUACUUUGUUACUGUAAAACAAUAGGAAGAUUUGUAAAGUUUAAAAAUCUUCUUACAUGUUUAAAGCUGUGUCAAUGUAUUACUUUUUGUGUCCUCUUUUAUUUAGCUUAUUCAAAGUUGUGUGAUGAUUCAUGCAAAAACCAGACAAUGUUGAAACAUUUGACCAUAGGCCUCCACCGAAGAUUAACAUUUUACUGUAGCCUACAUUAUUGCACAAAUGGAGUAAGGGUUAUAUCAGAUGAUCUCAGUAUUAUGAAACAUCCAGGGUGGAUGACAACACAAACAAAAUGCCUUCCCCAUUUUAAUAUAUUUGCAUGUUACCAGAUAGUUUUCCAACCAAUUGGCAACACAUUUUCAUUUCCACCAGUGGUAUGUUUCCACCAA